CUACCGGCCGCCACAUCUGCUGAUGGGUGACCGCCGCUAUUCUUACUCUGGCCUCAGGUCCUGCCACCACGCGUGUACUCUUCCGAUCGUGCUCCUCCCGAUACGGCCCGCUUGGCCGCCGAAUUUCGCGACAUCGCUUCGCGCUCGGGCUGGUUUCAAGGCCUUGCUGCCAGCGGCGGCGGCUGGUUCAGCACCCGCCUCCGGCUCGCGAGCGGGGCGCGACGCCCGGUGGGGCCACGGAGUCUGGACGCGUGACCGCCGCAUCGCGCGGGCACAACAGCGCACGGCACCCAAAGAGCUCCGCGUGGAGCCCAGAGCCAUUUUGGUUCAAGCAGUUUGGGUGUCGAAGGGCACACUGAAGGCAAAUCCAGCGCUCGUACCCCGCCCAAGAAGAGUGGGGACCUGCCAUCAAGAAGGCCGGCGGCGAGCGCAGCGAGAUGGCUAGGGGUGGGCCGCCAGGUGGUGCCUCUCCCGCGGUGGUCCCGCAGGAGGGUCGUGCCGUAAGCAGAGAAAGCGGCGGCUGCGCUCAGGGUGUCUUCCUCGAGCUGGUGGCCGAGGAGGGUGCAAAGCCUCUCCAGGUCGGCCUGGGACCUGUCGACAGGGCGGUGAUGGAGGACGGCUUGCGAGUUCUCAACACGUUUCUUCACGUUCCAGAAGUCGAUCCGGACACACGUGUGCGCUCCAGCUCGGCCCCCGCGACGACGAGGGGACAAUGCUCCACACCCGCUGCGGAGGUGUCCAUGCGCGUCUUGAUGACAUCGUGUGUCGCGGAAGGGGCCAUCUUCGAUUUGGGCCCGACGUGGGGGUCUAUCCUGCACUCGACGGGUAGGUGCCGCCCUUGCCUGUUCGCCGAGCGCGGUUGCAGGAACGGGGAGAUCUGUCGAUUUUGUCACAUUUGCCCCUCGGCAAGGAGGACGCGGGCUACAGAGGAGAAGAUCAAGCAAAAACACUUUUCGUGGCGCAGUCUCCGCAAGGCCACUGCCGGGGCGAGGGCGAGGGCGCGUGGUGAUGGAGCACCUGUUGUUGCUUGACCUUUUGCAGCUCAGAGCCUGCGGCGUGGGCUGGCAGAGCGGUUGGGGCUGUUCUGCUUCGGAGUCACGGGUGCACGAAUUAUUCGCUCGGUGAUCUCUUGGCCAUCAAGUUGGCUGCCUCUUCUCCGUAUGCCGAAUCCACUCGCUUUGUGAAUAAAUUCAGCACGGGCGCAGCCUGUUGGCGGGCUUAGUAAUUCAAUUGCUGCACUCGGGACCGAUCACCUGCCAUCUGGCCUUGACGAGUGGAAACAUCUAGCCACCGCAAGGCCCCAGCGGCGUUAGGUACGCAUGGCGGUGCUCAGGGCAAUUCGUGUGGCACGGCCCUCGCAGUCCAAAUCACCACUCACAUGGCAUGCGGUUUUGUUUGAAUCACGGGUCAGCCGUGCACGUCAUCUUCACCUUGGCAAUUGUGUCUCGGCCAUGUUUGUGCCUGAGUUUCUCGGCCAUGUCUGUGCCUGAGUUUCUCGGCCAUGUGGCCAGCGCAGGUUUCGCCUGCGAUGCAGCUCGAUGUUGUUGCAGCCAGUUUAAACACAUGCUGUACGGUUUUAUACAGCCUUCCGGCGCGCUUUGUAAUUUCACAUUGUUGCGCUUGGGAUGAUCAAUUUGUUGCACUUGGGACCGGUCACCUGCCAUCUGGCCUUGGCGAGUGGAAAUGUUCAGCCACCGCAAUGCCUCAGUGGCGUUAGGUACGCAUGGCGGUGCUCAGGGCAGUCUGUGAGGCAUGUCGCCCUGACUGUGAGGCGAGUCUUCGCCACUGGCAUGCUUCGGUGGCGCGACGCGACCAGGUAUUUGAAAACGCUCGCCUGCAGACGGGCGAGCGGUGCCGAGCAUCUUCGUUGCCUGUACCCCCGGGUGGUUUGAUCAGGGGGGCAGUGGGGAACGACCAUUUAGCAUUAGCACCGCGCCCACACAUUCAGUGUGCCUGCAAAGUCGCAGACGGUGCUUCAACCUCAUAUUCUGAGGCAGCGCACGAUGCUGUUUCAACCUUCUGGUUCUGUUCCUAUCGCGCGCGCGUUCUUGCUGGAAUCUGAUGUGAGAGUCUUUACUCACUGGUGUGAAAGAAAAAGAGCUCCGCUGGGAGCAGCCCGCAUCCCCAUCCGCAGCGCCGCCUUCUGGACGGGACCCCGGCUGGGCGAGGGCCUUCUGAGCACACGGCCUUGAGUUCCUGUCGUCGCAAGUCUCUCGAGUCGGGCGUUUUCGCUCAGUUUCAGGCCAUGGGGCCCUCACAUAUCGAUCCUGCAUGAGGAAUGCCG